AACAGCUGCAGAGUUUGUAGCGUCCUGACACGGGGCCAAAGACACACAGCAGACGAGGCUGACUCACAUUACAAGCAGCAUUAUGUUUGGCAGUGCGUGUUGAACUUGUCAUGCCAAUAAAGUAUUUGAACUUGAGAGAGAGGUGGGAGAGAUUGGUCAGUUAUUUAUUUAUGAACCGUCCUUUAGCAAUUCGCUGAUUGUGCAAAACCGGGAGAAAGGGGGGAGGAGAGAGGAGACAGAGAGUCUGAGAAAGGCCGCGCUUGUGUUUUUCUCUGUUAGUGGUUUGUUUACUAGAAACUCGAACGCAGAGAAAAACGAACUGAUUUUUUAUUUAGUAAAAUUAAAAAGCUGCUGACUUUACAAAACGCCGACUGAAAAACCUGCUGCGACGUCCCGAGAGCAGAGAUGACGAUUAACCCCUCUCAUUACCGUGCAGCCAUGUUGCUAAGCGGAGCUGGCGACGCCCUCGGUUACCGGAACCAGCUGUGGGAGUACAACCAAUCAGGGCCCUGCAUUCACCAGGAGCUACAGGAAAUGGGCGGGCUCAAGAACAUUGUGGUGCAGCUCCCUGAUUGGCCUGUCAGCGAUGACACCGUGCUGCACCUAGCAACUGCGGAGGCCCUAGCAACAGGUAACUUGCUCCCAAGCGGUAUUUUCGAAGUUUCUCCAAAACUCACUUUCUAUUCCCUGUUUCCUCUUCCUGUAGGGAAGGAAGGUGAGGAGCUGCUGCAGGAAGUUGCUCUUCGCUAUGUCGAGGCCAUGAAAGACAUGGAGGGGAGAAAACCGGGACCAACGAGCAUUUUGGGAACCUCUCAGCUCAGGCCGGGUGUGCCCGGUGGAUACCGGAUCCCGUUCAAUACUGAAGCAACUGGCUGUGGAGCCGCAAUGAGGGCCAUGUGCAUCGGGCUGAGGUAUCCUCGGCCGGAGGAGCUCCCUGAUUUAAUCAGAGUUUCCAUUGAGACAGGGAGAAUGACUCACAACCACCCUACAGGCUAUCUGGGCUCGUUCGCUUCGGCCCUGUUCACUGCCUUCGCAGUGCAGCGACGUCCACUCCUCUCCUGGGGGGCGGGGCUCAUGCGGGCGCUGCCGCUGGCGAUGGAGUUCGUCCAAUCAGCCGGCGUCGAUGUGGAGGAGAAUCUGAGAGAGUGGGGUUUCUUCACAGCCAAGUGGGAAUGGUAUCUCUCUGAAAGAGGUCUGGUGUCAGGGGAGGGGCCUGUGACUUGGCCUGACCCCUACGGCCCUUCAGAACGCGACUCAGCCUAUCAGAGCUUCAGCCUGUCUGGCUGGGCGGGGCGUAGCGGGCACGAUGCUCCAAUGAUAGCGCUGGAUUCCCUGCUGGGGGCAGGGCCUGACUGGGAGGAGCUGUGCAACAGAGCCAUGUUCCACGGAGGAGACAGUGACUCGACGGGGGUGAUCGCAGGCUGCUGCUGGGGUCUCCUGCAUGGGUUCGAAGGGGUCCCUGAGGGAAACUACUGCACCCUGGAAUACAGCAGCAGAAUGGAGGCCGUCGCCAAGCAGCUACACAAACUGGCAGGCUGGCAGGAGCAGUGAGCCGGGGUCAAUUCAACCUGCCUCCCCCCCUCUCUCUCUCUCAUAUUAUAUAUUGUGAGAAAGUGUAGUUUUGGGGAGCAAAGGAUUACACCUGCCAGAAGGUCACAGGCUGAAAGCCUUAAUUUGUUUAAUUGUAUUAUUGUUUUAUUAUUAAUUAUCCUCUGCACCUGGCUAUCGUUGUAAAUUUGAGCCGGGUGUAGGGUAUUUAAAAGAAAGCAGCCAGUCUCUUUGGGGCUGCUGCUGUGUGAGUAAGUCCGACUGUGACUGUGACUGUGCAGCCGUAGAAAGGUAGUGUAAAACCUUUUCUAAAUUGUGAAAAACUAUGUGUUUUUGUUUGUUUUGUUUUGUAGCCGGUAAACAGCUUUGCUGUCCAGCAAUAGUUAGGUUCCUGACUUGUGUUUAGUCAGCGCCCCAAAACGGAGUUAGAUUUUGUUUUUGUUUUGUUUAUUUUCUUUAUUAAAAAUAGCACCUACGCGCUUCAAACUCCAGUUUUGUGUCCUGGGUCAAUUUUUAAAGGGGCAGUGAACCACGGAGAGGAAGCUUCGGUGCACUGUAUAUAUAUAUACAGACGUGCUCAAAUUUGUUGGUACCCUUACAGCUCAUUGAAAUAAUGCUUCAUUCCUCCUGAAAAGUGAUGAAAUUAAAAGCUAUUUUAUCAUGUGUACUUGCAUGCCUUUGGUAUGUCAUAGAAUAAAGCAAAGAAGCUGUGAAAAUAGAUGAAUUAUUGCUUAUUCUACAAAGAUAUUCUAAAAUGGCCUGGACACAUUUGUUGGUACCGCUUAGAAAAGAUAAUAAAUAAUUGGAUUAUAGUGAUA